ACCGCGGUCCAUGGGCAAUUGAGUUGGACAACCACAAGGCAGCGCCAUGGGCACGUUACGCCUCUAACUGCAGGAAGCGGUAUUCAUUUGCGGCAUUCAUUCUCGACAUUCUGGAAAGAAAAUACUGUAAAACCAAACGGUCCGACAAGAUCGGAAGUUUCAUUGGAGCGAAGGAAAGUUUGCGAAUAAAUCAUAAUACUUUUUUUACUUUGAACAUUAUUGUGAUUUGGUUUGGUAUCUGGAUUUGGACAGUUUUGUUUAAAAGCUUGCGGAGAAAAAAUGGGUGAGACCUCUGUGGCACCGUUGUCAGUGGGUCUUUACGUUGAGGGUUUUCGACCGCUGAACAGACUUUCAUCUCUGUGGAGUAGUGCAGCAAAAAUUGGAUGCGACUUUAUCAGUGUGGAUGUUUUUGCAUGGGCAGCGCCAGUUGAAGAGCACAUGAAAAGCCUGAAGCUUUCAAAUUUCAUAUCAGACUCAGUUCUUCCGUUGGAAACGCUGUGCAAUUCGGUGGUUCUUCGUGUUUUAAUCCCCGACGCUCAUUAUGACAUGCAUACGAAGUACCUAAGCGAUGAUCUCCUUCGUUUACGGACAGAUCGAGUGACGAGUCUCGGGGAUGCUCUGACGGGCCAGGUUGAGCACUGCAAACUAUUUUGUCUCAGCCAAACGCGCCCAGCUGUGAUGCUCCCGUAUGCGCCGUCGGAGUACAUUUUUCGGUAUGCGGAGAAGAUCGUAUCCUUUGUACCUAAUCAUCCGGAUUCUGGACAUGAAAUCAUAACUCUUGGAAGUCACAGCAGUGAAGAGUUCUGGAUCCACAUGCCUUUAACUGGCGUUGGUGUUGGGGAAGACAGAAAUUUCGAGCAAGCAUUUGAAUGGUGGAACUCUUUAAAAGCUUCCGUCAAUUCCAGCAGCACUGUGGGAUUGUGUUUGGAAAUUCCGGAAGAUUUACCAGCGGAGGCGCACGUGCUUGAGAGGUGGCUUGUGGAGCCAGUCCGAUGUUUAAUUAUUCCUCUUCACAUUUUCUGCACAGAUUCAAAUGGGCUUCCCGUAUUGUCUGAUGCUCAUACUGAAGUCAUUAGACGGUUUCUACGGCUGUAUAAAAUGACGAUUCUGCUGCGAGGUGGUGGAUUAAUUGAAAAUGAGCAAAUGCCGGAUAUCACUUCAUACAAAGCACAUUUAAUUAGUAUUUACGAAAAAGGUGUAGCACAGUACGGCAUACCCAUUCAGCCGUCCAUUUUCCCUCCCCUGGAUACGGUCAGUGUCAACCUUCAGAACGAAUCCUACUCAGCUUUUGAAGUGGAUCACCGGAAGUAUUCGGAUUACGAGAAUGCCGUUCGGCAGUUUAUCCGGUAUCGUCAAUCGGCGGAGGAUGUUCCGGAAGUGUUUGUUGCGGCUGUUGUCGGCUGCGGACGGGGUCCUCUGGUUACUGCUGUACUUAAUGCCGCCCGAGACUGUUAUGCUAAAGUGCGCGUAUAUGCACUAGAGAAGAAUCCCAUCGCGAUUGCGGCGUUAAAGGAAAAUGUGACUAGCAUCUGGCAGGGAUUGGACGUGAACAUUGUUAUGACGGACAUGCGAGAAUGGGAAGCUCCGGAAUCUUGUGACAUGCUUCUCAGUGAAAUGUUGGGUUCCUUUGGCGAUAACGAACUGUGCCCAGAGAUGCUGCGAGGCGCAGAAAGGUUCCUGAAGGCGGAUGGUGUCUGUAUUCCAGCGUCUUAUACGUCAUAUCUGGCUCCAGUCAGUAUACCAAGAAUUUAUGAAUACCUUUCUGAUGAAGAUGAGGAUGAGACGGAAGGUGUGCGCCAGACAGUUUAUGGUUACACGGUAGAUUCUUCGCGCUUGUUGUCCGAUGCUGAACGUGUUUUCGAUUUUCAUCACCCGUCAGCGCUUCCAGAUGGGGAAUCAUUUUUUCGAUCGGUGGAGUUGAAAUUCGAAGUUCAUAAUCCUGGAAUGCUCCACGGAUUCAGUGGAUUUUUUGAAGCGGUUCUGUAUGGAAACAUUGAACACAGUUUAGUGCCGGCUCGGAAGACUCCUGGUUUGCUUUCGUGGCAGGAUAUCUUCUUCCCACUCAAGCGACCCGUUUAUGUUAAGAAAGGGCACUGUAUCAUUCUCCAGUUCUAUCGAUGUCGAAAUGACUAUUUUGUUUGGUAUGAAUGGGCAAUGAUGAAACCAGUUGUGAGCGAUCGCCACAAUAUCGACGGAGAAUUCUUUCGCAUGAGCCUGCAGACCAACACGUCAUAAUGCCACUUUUGGAUUAAAUUCGUUUUGACUGCGUUUCCUCCUACUUACCUGUGAUAAUGUUUGUAUGGCAGUACGUAUAUUUAUCAGUAUUUGAUGAGACACGUUGGAUAGUUCAGUGAGAUGUUAUGUGAUAAACAUUGUUCUGCAUUUUCUAAAUUACCAUGGUUCCAGGUUAUCUUAAGUUUGUCUUACCGGUUUUUUUGGAUGGAUCUUUGUACAGGCAGUUCAACUUCCCGGCACAUUUCGCUAAGUUUUCUGUAACCGACUUGUGAGAAGUCUGCACUUCUUUAUACUUGAUUCCCAUGUGACAGGUUAAUAAAUCCGGUUUACUACCGUAUAGUGUUAAAAACGAUUGUAUCUCAAAACGAUUGUUGUACCGCUUUGCAGCAUUUCUGAUGUCCCAAGUAGCACAAUCCUAGUUCUUCUGAGGUUACCGUCAUAAACUGCUGGCCGACGGUAUACGCAGGCAACUGAGGCAAGUCGCUGUUUGCUACGCAAAAUGUUUACGCGCACUUGUGCAAACA